AGGCGCACCGCGCGCAGGGCUUUCAUCGCCAGUUCUGCUAUAAACCUUGCCUGGUAGUACAGGCGGCGCACGGUUUGAAAGUGACGCGCAUCGCCAACAUGUUUCAUCCGGUGGGCCUCGCGUGUCGACUCUUGCUGGCCUGUCACGUGGUCUCCGUCGCAAUGGCACAGCACCACCGGCAACAAGGGGACCGGACGAGCAUAUCCGUGAAUGAGGGUUUCCAGACAGAACUGCCGUGCGUGACGCAGAAUCCAAUCUUCAACAACACUAACAACGUGCAUCAGGUGCGCUGGUACCACGAACCUCACUACCUUCUGGGUCGAGAACCCAUUUACACUGUGGACUUCGGUGCCUCACACUCACCCUAUUCAGCAGACCGUACGAAUCUCAACCAGGUAGUCCGAUGGACGCGCAAGGAGUGGCUGGGUCGGAUCUACUUCUCCCUCGUAAACUACCCGUAUACGCUCAAGAUUAUAAACCUCCGCUACGAAGACAUGGGUACUUACAUUUGCUCGGUUCACUUCAGGGAUGGCUCUGAGAGGAAUUCCACCAUCUAUCUCCAAGUCAUAGUGCCCCCGGAGCCUCCCGUGAUCACCGAUGUCCAGGGAAACGUCCUCUCGGGAGUCAUCGGACCUUACAACGAGAGCAGCCGGCUUAAUCUCAUCUGCAAUGUCAAGGGAGGGCGUCCAGCGCCAACGAUCACUUGGAAAAGAAACGGCGAGGUCCUGGACGUGAACGCCAUGAGCUCAAUCUCGGGGGACAUGAAGAAAUCGACGCUGACUCUCCACUCGCUUCAUCGUCACGACCUUAUGGCUGUUUAUACCUGCGUGUCUUCCAACAACGUCUCCGUGCAAGGAGAUGCCUCUGUCACGCUGGACCUCAACCUAUCCCCCAGCACUGUGCAAAUAAGGAGGACGGAAGCCCCUAUAUCAGCUUGCCUUCCGGCGGAGAUACUCUGCGAAGUGUGGGGCUCGAAACCUCCUCCAGAAAUUACUUGGUGGAAGAACAGCGUACAGUUGAAGCACACCUUCGUGCACGUUUCGCAAGACGGAAACCUCACCACCAGCGUCGUGGAAUUUAUUCCCGAACCAAACGACAACGGACAGAGCCUCGUCUGCAGAGCCGAAAAUACCCGGAUGCCUGGAAGCGUCCGAGAAGACCUCUGGGACCUGAACGUGCACUACCAGCCCAAGCUGCGCCUUCAGAUGGACCCCAACCUGUCGCUGGACAACAUUCGAGAGGGAACUACGAUCGCCCUUAACUGCAGGGUGGACGCGAACCCCCGUGUGGGCGAAGUACAGUGGCAGGUGGACAACAAUGAUCUUCACUCGCAGAGGGGCGUUACUGUACACAAAGACACGCUGACGGUGUCCAACGCUCGGCUGCUCCACUCGGGAAACUACACCUGCACGGCAGCUAAUAAGGAAGGAAUUGGACUCAGCAAUGCUAUCGACAUCAGAGUGAAACACUCUCCCAUAUGCCGACCCGGUCAGCGUCUCGUCUACGCGACGAAGCUAUUGAAAACAGUUCACGUGAGCUGCGAAGUUAUCGCUCAACCCCCCUCGGUGAGCUUCGAGUGGAAGUUCAACAACUCCAUCCAUAGCAGCCGCUUGGAUUCCCAUACCCGGCACGGAACACGGAGCAUUGCCCGUUACGUGGCGCGAUCGCCAGAAGACUACGGAACGCUGCUGUGCUGGGCCCGAAAUCAAAUCGGCGACCAAAAGCAGCCAUGCGUUUUUAUGGUAGUUCCAGCAGCUUCGAACCUGUUGUCUGAAGAAGCACUGGUCACUGUGUUGAUAUGCCUGCUGUUCGUGUUGGUCGUCCUCGUUGCUUUCAUAUACCUUUUGUUCAAGUGGAGGAGGGGGAAACAGAACAAAGAUGAACAGCGUCCCAAGACGGAGCGACAACCGUCCCAAGACGCCGCCGUGGCGGUAAACAACGUCCACUCUCUGUCAAGAAACAGCAACGGCGACAUGAGCAGCACGGCUAACGCGGGUGGCGUUGGCAACGUGAAUAGAGUGGGAAACGGCAAAUAUAUGGCGUUCGGCCGAAGUACGCACUGACGUGAGCUGUCACCAAGGCUGUUUCUACGACCGGGGCGGUGCGCGUGACGGAAAAGACAGAAACGAACUGAAUUCUGUGAACUGCUCAGGGACUCUCUCUCUCUCUCCAUAUAUAUAUAUAUGUAUGUCGCUCUCCUUCGAAGGCACGUACAGUGAUGUGUGUGUGUUUCGUUCAUGAAACUGUGGAACUCGUCGCCUUCAUCUAUACAAGUGUUAUCAGAGUAGUGAUGCUACUAGAAGGAUAACGGGCUUGUCGGAGCUGGACCGUCGCAGAGUCGUGAGCGGAACGAGGAUAAUGAAGACGACUUUCAAUAUCCUGUCUGCAGGAGGAUUCCGCAAGAGGCUGCAGAAAUACACAUAAAACGUCAUUGCUUCUUACAAGUGGCAACAUGUAUUGAACUGAAUUGAAUUUAUUCGCAGCACACACCUACGGACUGCCGGAAAAAGGGACAUUAGGCCUGACGACGCCUGUACAACCUGGUUGAUAUUUCUUCGUUCAAUACUCACGGCGUGGGCCUAAUGUACCGCUUAUAUCGAUACGGAACACGGAAACGAUGGAAUCGCCUGCAGUCGCGCGUAGUCUGUACGAGCAUUGUUGGCGCCUUCGACUAACAGUGCUUCAGAGAUGUACUAUACUGUUAAUGGACACGUUGAAACCUUAUUGUUGUGUGUCGGAUAGGGCGCGCAUAUUUUUUGAUACCGUGUUGUACAUAC